AUGCCAAAGGGCUCGGCGGGCCCCCAGGGCAUUGUGGUGUUUGGCCGCGUCAAGCCCUGUGACAAGCCGUUUCAGGGGUUGCAGGUGGACCAUGACCCUGAACGACAAGACUCUAUUUUGACUAUGCACAUCCCCAAGCAUCUUGAGGUGGGCGAAAUCAACAAUCGGCGUGAAGACUACCGCUUCCAGUUUGCGCACGUCUUUCCUCGUGACGUGGCGCAGAGCACGGUCUUUGAUCGUGUAGCGCGCCCCGUCGUCGACAGUGCAUUGGAAGGCUACAACGGCACGAUCUUUGCAUACGGCCAGACUGGUACUGGCAAGACUUUUACCAUUACUGGCGGGCCAGAUCGCUACGAGGAUCGUGGCAUCAUUCCCCGUACCCUCUCCUAUCUCUUUCAGCACUAUGCCGAGCACCCAGAUACGCUGUUCUCGACCCAUGUUUCAUACCUGGAGAUUUACAAUGAAAGUGGCUAUGACCUUCUGGACCCUCGCCACGACAUCAAGAAUAUGGAGGACCUUCCCAAGGUCACGCUCAUGGAAGAUGGUACUGGGGGCGUGCAUCUUCGUAAUCUCUCGCUCAACCCCGUCAACAGCGAAGAGGACGCCCUCAAUGCCCUUUUCCUGGGUGACACCAAUCGCAUGAUGGCCGAAACACCCAUGAACAUGGCCUCGACACGCUCACACUGCAUAUUUACGGUUCACAUCUCUGCUCGUGAACCGGGCUCGGCCGUCUUGCGCAAAGCCAAGCUGCAUCUCGUCGAUCUGGCUGGUUCAGAACGCAUCAAGAAGUCCAAUGUGAACGGCAUGCUCCUAACUGAAGCCAAAUACAUUAACUUGUCUCUGCAUUAUCUGGAGCAGGUCAUUGUGGCCCUCUCCGAGCGGCAGCGAAGCCACAUCCCGUAUCGCAACUCGAUGAUGACCUCAGUGCUGCGCGAUAGCCUGGGUGGCAACUGCAAGACCACUAUGAUUGCAACCAUGUCAGCGGAGGAGAGAAACGUUGAUGUGCGUCAUCAUGACCUUUUUUUUUUGGCCAAGUCGUGUCGCAAAUUGUUACCACUGGUCAAGCCAAUGGUGUCUGACCCGAGGCCGGUUGUCUCCGUGCGUGUGCGCUUGCUAAGACCAAACGCCCCAUCUCAUUCGAAUCCCAACAUUCGAUCGGAAAACCCCCAGGAAACCAUCUCUACCUGUCGCUUUGCUCAACGCGUUGCUUUGGUGAAGAAUGAUGCUCGCCUCAAUGAGGAAACCGAUCCACAGCUCAUUAUCGCCAAGCUACGCAAGGAGGUGGCACGCCUCAAGGAAGAGCUGGCCACGGCCACGGGGCAUGUUAUCGAUGAGCCUCUCACUGAUUCGGAACAGGCCGAAUGUCAAGCAGCUAUCGAUUCCUAUCUACGAGAUCCAUCUGUCGAUGCCGACUUGGGAAUGGCCGACCCUCGAAAAACUGCGUAUUGCUUUGCCUAUCUCAAGGUCUUGAUUCCUCCCUGUGUGUGUGUGUGUGUGUGUGUGUGUGUGUGUGUGUGUGUGUGUCGUAUUGUACUGGAAAAUGGAUCUGAGCACACAGGCACGCGUCAAGGAACGGGUACAGACAAAGAGGCACACGAUCGUUGGCCCGCCGAGGUGGCUGAACUCCAGGCACUUUUGCGGCAGCGGGACCAUGAAGUUGCCAUCCUUGCCGCCAAACUCCAAAAAGCGCGUGCAGAGCGUAGUAGAGACGACGUCACAUCUCGGGCUGCGACUCCGCGAAUGGACCCCAACCCAGCCACCGCAUCCCAACCUCAAAUGGAGCCAACCCGCACUCAACCCGCGCCGCCUCCGCCCGACUUGUCCGACGCCCAACGUCAAUUGGCUUAUGACGAUUUUCGGCGCCAAUAUUCGGAAAUGCCAGUCCUGGAGGCUAAAAAGAGCGAACUCCAAGCGCUUUACGCCGAGGCCAAGACCUUGGGGCAACGAGUUCACUCCAUCAAACAGAGACUCUCCUCGCUGAAAAGCGAAUUGGAGCGUCAUCGCCUUCGCAUGGUUCCUACGAUGCUCGAGGCCGGCGAGGAUGCUUGGCAAGAUGAUCCAACGGACGCAGCUCUGCGUUCGCAAAUCGACGAACAAAAUGACGCAUACAAGGAAGGGUUGGUGCAACUCAAGUCCCACAAACGCAAGAUUGAGCAUCUUCAGCACUUGCUGCAGGGAGCCAAGACGCGCUUGCAUCAAGAGUUUGAAAUCUGGUUGCUUGAGCACGUGGAAAGAUACAACACACUCUGA